AUGGCAUUCAUGCCUCUCGCCUUUGAGACCCGGUCAGACACCACCACCAGGCUCUCUUACACCAGAUCGUCAUUGAGCCCAGCAAACCAAAUGGACACUCGCAUGCCGUCAUCACGAGGGAACACUUCCCCUCACGGCUUCAAUACCGGGCACGCCGUCCUCAGCCCUCGUGAUCGUCUUUCGCCAAAAUUGCAGGACUGGCCACCGUCGCGAGCAAUGCACUCCGACUUCUACUCCGCCAGUAGCGCCUUCGGUCACCUGACCAAGGAGCGCUUUCACAGCACAUCUCCACGACCCCAGAAGACGUCGGACGCCUCCCAGGACCGCCGGAAAUCCAAGCCCAAGUCACCCAAACGCAGACGCAACCCGGAUCACAGCCUGCUGGCCAUCGGAUCGUGGAGCAACCAAUCUCACCACCAUGAGACAAACCACUCGCAUGCCAAUCGAUUCGGCGACCACGUCACCUUCAAUGACCAGGCUGCUGCCAACGACCUGCCGAUGGGUUACUCGGCUUCAUUCAAUGAAACCGACGACUUCGUCCUCUUCCCCGACGACACUCCAGAGGACGAAUUGGUGCCUUACGGAAGGCCAUUGCCGCCACGAGCACCUCGAAUUUCCCGCUUGCGCACACCGGACAUCGCUCCUCUAUCCACAGAUGUCCAGUUCUUCCCUUGUCUUGGCGAUGAGUGUGAAGAGGACAGAAUCAAUGAGGCCUGGUACCUCGCCGGACGAGAAACGGUCGACUCACAACUAAAUGAUGCCCUGGCCUACAUGGCUGGCGUGGAAGGCCGCAGAACAUUGCCCUGGAAGUGA